GUAGCACGUGUGAGUGAGGAAACAUAAAACAAGAGUUCCUCCAUGUAGCAGGGAUCUAUCAGUGACUGGAAACAGCUACCCUGUUGAUAUCAGAUGGAUAGACUUUUCUCUGACCUGGUUCAGUACCAGAAGCUAUUCCAAAUGAUCUUCAUGUUGGGAAUUGGUGGAUGCUUCACAAUUGGUUUUCAGAUUUCUAUGAUCAACUAUCCUUCUGUGCAUGUUAAGAGAUUUAUCAAUGAAACUUGGUUGGAACGAUAUGGCUCUCCUCUCCGCCAGAAGACCCUUAUGUUGCUAUGGUCAUUCAUUGUAUCAAUCUACGGCAUUGGCGGACUGCUGGGGUGUCUUUGCAGUGGAUACCUAACUACUAAAUAUGGAAAAAAGAAAUGCCUAAUGUGCAACAAUCUACUUAUCAUAGCAACUGCAUUUCUCAUGGGCUUCAGUAAGAUGGCCAAGUCCUUUGAGAUGGUUCUGUGUGGACGCUUCUUCUAUGGCAUCAGUGCAGGCUUCUGUAUGACUAUACACCCUCAGUAUGCAGGAGAAGUUUCCCCCAAGAAACUGCGAGGAUUUGCAAACUCUUCUGCUGGUUUCUUUUGGUCACUAGGAAAAGUCUUAGGGCAAAUUAUGGGACUAAGUGAAUUUCUAGGAACUGAAUCCUUGUGGCCAUUGCUGAUGGCUUUCAUCGGAAUUGCAGCACUGAUCCAGCUGGUCACUCUGCCAUUCUUUCCUGAAUCUCCACCCUACCUGUUAAUUCAAAAGGAUGAUGAGGAAGGCUGCUUGAAGGCCAUGGAUAAACUGUGGGGUGAGAUGGACCAUCAAGCAGAACUCAAUGAUAUGAAGGAAGAAAAGGCUGCAACUAAAAGCAUCAAAUCUAUGAGCAUCCUGCAAGUCAUGAAAGACCCAUCCUUGCGCUGGCAGUUGUACAUUUUGGUUACUGUUAUCAUAGUGAUGCAGCUUUGUGGCAUCAAUGCAGUCUACUUCUACACAUUUGAGGUGCUGUGCACAGCUGGGUUUGAAGAAGGCCGUAUCCCAUAUAUAUCACUGGGUGUUGGACUCUGUGAACUCUUCUCCACUAUACUCUGUACCAUUACCAUUGAGCGGUUUGGCAGGAAGACACUCCUGUGGAAAGGCUAUGCAAUGAUGGCUUUAGUGCUGGUUCUUCUCACAAUAACUCUCUCCCUGCAGAAUAAAUAUAACUGGAUGUCCUUUUGCAGUGUCAUUCUGAUCUUCCUAUUUGUUUUCUUCUUUGGAAUUGGACCAUGUGGAGCCACCAUGUCCAUCAUGGUUGAAAUAUUCAACCAAUCAUCUCGAUCCUCAGCCUUUGUGAUUGGAGGGUGCCUCAACUGGGCGGGGCUUUUUGUGGUUGGAAUGAUUUUCCCAUUCAUUGUUGAAAGCCUUGGUCCCUUCUGUUUCCUCAUAUUCAUGGGGGUUCUUGUCGGCUCAGUGAUCUUCGUCUACCUCUUCCUUCCAGAGACAAAAGGGAAGUCAGUCACAGAAAUAACAGAGGAAUUCACCAAGUUAUAUUCUGGGAAAAAACUUUCUUCUAUUGUGAGAAGGAAGUUCCUUGAGGAACACAUGUCCUACACCAGCUUCUAAUGGCCAAUGAAAAGACCUUUUACUAUUUAAAAUUGAAGAUGUUGAUUCUUACAGACCGAAAAACAAAACAAAGCUACGCUAUUCAUUUGCAUUAUCACCUUGUUUUUUCUUCAUACACAUAGACAACGUCUUUGUGUGUAACGCUCAUCCCUAUGAAGCUCCAAAAUAUGAUGAUGUCAAGUUUAACAUGCUGUGAUAAAUUGGUAGACUCAUAGAAGUUUAGGGCUGGAAGGGACCUUGUGAGAUCAAGUCCAGCCCCCCUGCUCUGGGCAAGAAAGACUGCUCGGGUCAAAUAACCCCAACAAGGUAGGUGUCCAGUCUCCUUUUGAAGAUCUCCAGAGUAGGGGCCUGCACCCUCCCCCCUCCCCCGAAUCUAUUCCAGAGUCUGGUCACACAAACCGUGAAGAAGUCACUUUACAAGUCUUUUUUUUUGCACAAACAUUUUCAUUAGUCAAGAUUCACAUAGGUCUUCUACUCUGAAGUUCACUUUGAGCUUCAGGUUAGAACUAAUCCAAAAAUCUCAAAUCAAGCUCAAGCAGAAACCAGUGAGUUUCUCAGUAUAACAAUUUCAAAUGACUUCACUAAAAAAUUCACAACCUGCAUUAUGUUUUCUCAAAAAAGAGACCAAGUUUCUGAGCUUUAAAUCAUUGGACAAAGAUGGUCUGUCAAAUCUGCAACAUCACUCAGAAAGGCAAGCUUCAUGUGUUUUCUCAUUUAACUGCAAGCAUUUCACAUAGUUUUAUAUAUUUAUGAAUGUGUAUGUUUCAACGUUUUGUUUUAAUGAUACUUAAAACAUAAAAUUAUGCUAUUGGAUGAUGCAGAAAUGUAUCAAUUUGUUGCAGCUUUUUAUAAAAUAUAGCAUCAAUGAUGGGAAAAGAUCCAUUUUUUAUUUAUUAUGU